CAAAGAUUUAUUUUCCAGGCGUGCUAGGCUCAUAGCAUAUUUGCCAUGCAAGUAUGCAUGUCUGUGGUAAAAGUAGUUGCUGUUGUCGACGUGAAAUAAUAAUUAUCGCUAAACAUGCCAACGUAUUGUGUCGCGGUGGGCUGCAGACAGAGACCGAAACCUGAGUCUAAUGUUAAGUUUUAUAUUUUCCCGCGGGAUCCUCUUAGGAAAAAGCGGUGGGUCUCUUCUCUGAGGCGAGAUGGGUGGACACCCACACCGCGCAGCAGAAUAUGCAGUGUUCAUUUCAUUUCAGGCAGGCAGAGUGAUGACCCUGCGUCGCCAGACUAUGUGCCAUCGUGGUUUGCACACACAACAACAGCUGAGAAAGAAAGGUCAAUGGCAGCCAUGAGGAGAUACAGGCGGUGCCAAGGUGCUCGUAUAAGGAAAGCCACUGGUGGGACGAUGUCGCCGCUGGAGCGAGCUGCGUUGGACUAUUUCAAAAGUGGACUUGUACCAACCGGUUCCGAUCAGAGACACUACUCCUGCUUCCCAUCUCUCUGCCAGGAGUAUGUGAAGAAGUCUUUUAUGGAAAGCCAGACAUCCUCAGGGAGUUCUGAAACACCAGCCUAUACCAACCCUGCUGCCAGGUCCAGUAACAACCAGCACCGUCAGACAGAGUGCCCACCCUUCCCUCUCCUCCCGAAGAUUAAACCCUUAGAGGAGAACCCUUACCUCAAAACCUGGCUGAGACACGACUACAACCCGCGACUAAAACCCAAGAGUGUGGACCAGUCGUCCUACCUAUCAACCAAUGGGACGCUCAACAUUCCAUCAGUUUCUGAGAUUACAGUGCACCCAACCCGCCUCCACGAAGACUACUGUACGCGAAAGAGUGUCCAGUGGGCUAAGGGUGUCUGGAAAAAGGUGGAAAACUGCGUGGCUGAGCCAAAUUAUUCCAUCAAGGUCACGGGCAAGUGGGAGUGGCUGAGCUUGAACGUUCGGGGGCCCCUGCCCGAGACCCAUAAGGGGCACAGGUUCCUCCUGAUCAUCACGGACCUUUACUCCAAAUGGGGGGAGGCGUGCCCCAUGUGCACCAGCUCUGCCAGGGAGGUGGCCCUGAACAUCCGUAACCUGGUGUGCCAGCUCGGUCUGCCCCACGCACUCUUCUCACAGCUGAGUAGGAUGUUCAUCAAAGCGGUGAACAAGGCCCUGGGUAUCUACAUGGCCAUGGAGGACUGCGCUCUCGUGGUCUACCACCCCAAGGCCUGCAGUCUUGAUCCUGUAACAUACACUGAUGUUAACAGUGCGGUGACAAAGCUGGUGGAGGAGUGCCAGGAGAGCUGGGACGUGCACCUCCGCUCCUGUCUGUUCGCCCUGCGGAUCAAACGGCACCCCGUCACCGGGAAAAGCCCCUUCUGCGCCCUGUACCACAGGGACCCCCAAAAAGACUCCCCUGACGCACUCCAUAAGCUGGCGGAGGGUCUCAGUGACGAGCAUCCAAUCAGCAGAAUCCUGGCAUCCCCUACACCUAUAGACACGCAAGGACCCCCGCCCUCAGGCACGCCUGCAGCAGUACUAGCUCCGAUGGGCGUCAGCAUUGUUCUCAUUGGUAGCCCUUGGUGUGGAGGUGUACCAGGGCUGAAACUCGGAGAAGCAGGAAAAGGGCCGAGCCUGCACGUGCGUGGCCAGCAGGGAGGCGAUAGAGAGCGCAGUACCCCCUGAAGAGGAGCACUUUGACCGUGUCUCACCUCCCUGUGGUGGACGGCCUCUGGCUUCCCCUGCACAAUGACCUCAUACACGCAUGAAAAGCUGUCGGACAGAGAGAGAGAGCAGGACAUAUUUUGGCUAGCCUUCCUGUCGGAAUGAGACAGACUGAGAAUCUUGUUCACUGUGGUCAUUUAAAAAAAACAUUGAUUCGUCUGCAAGAAUGGGGGGGGGGGGGGGGGUUCCCUGACUUCCUGAUCACAUUCCCAAACCUUGGCCGCCUAGUCAUCCCUCUCUCUCUCCACCUCGGCUGACAUGUGAUGUGUCCUGGAGAGAAAUGGUUUCCAGCGCAUUGCCUGGGAGGAGGAUGCUGGGAUGACCGUUGAAGCCAUACCAUGAUGCCAUGCCAUUUUUGAUAUUUCUCUCACGCUCGUUAUUUCCCCGAUUCAUUUGUGACUCAAUCUCCAAAUAACUGGACUAUAAAAACAACCAUGCCGACUGGUAUUGCAUGGGUUUCAACAAGAGACACAACUGACCCCGGAUAACACUUCCCUGUGGCACAUGGAAAUGAAACUGUUUUGAUCAAU